CGGCAGCGCUAGCAGGACGAGCAGCAUCGCAUUCGUCUGGGCUGCUGCCAAGUAUAUGCCCAAAUUGAUUUCGGAUAGCCACGGCAGUCUCCUCGGGGAUCUGCGCUCGGUGAGCCUGCCGGAUUCGCCCCUCUCUCUUUCGUUCCGAAGCAAAUGUUAUUGAGUUGCUGAUCUCGUGUGCUCUUCUUAUCAGAGUACAACGGCCCGAUCGGAAAAAGUGGAAAUCCAGAAUACCAAACGGCCAUGCUUGCGCCCAUGCACGGGUAAGGAUUCCGAUGAUGCCCGAGAUGGGCGCGCACCAUUUUCAUCGUCUGCACUUCCAUUUCUUCGUAGGACAUUGAUGGGCCGAUUAAUUAUCUAUGUAUCUUGCGCUGGUUCCCAAAUGAGGGCGUGUUUACCUCGUGCUGCGAGAGAACAAAAUGACUGACAUGCAUGUCAUGUUCGUGGGAAUGGUCCUUCGCGCGAACCGCGGCCGACGCAAGCGAUGUAAGCAGUUUGCGCAACAACUUGCUGUUCCACUCGCCCACCACUUCGCUGCACAAGAUGACUUUCACCGCAUUUUGCAGUUUACCUCUUGAAACGAUUCUCUUGACGUGUCUGCUUCAUACUGUUUGUCGCAAGGGUACUCAAAGGAGAGCGCUGCUAGAGCACCAGUUCGAUCCAACGAAGUGGCAGCCUGCCUUCACAGACAGAGGGUGCAGAGACCGACUGAACAUUCAACUGUGCGCUCGUUCUCGGCUUGUGGCGUAUGAGUGGGGCGGGGAGCUGUAUGUCAUAGCUAAUGCCGCGUGCAGGCUGUCAAUCACUACCUCAGGCUUGAUUCGAUAUGCAGAGUGUGGCUGGGGAGCUGUGUCGUUUGAGAGACCGCCAGUAAAAUCUUUGCGCACAAUUACGGAUUUGAUUUUGCGUACGGCAAGGAGAAGAUAAAGGUUGAGAUAGGGAAUUGAACUGCUCAUUACCGUCGAA